AUGGCCACGAUCGGUCGGUAUUUUGGAGAUGCUACAGACCAGGCUAUACACGGCUUCGAUUUAGAAUUCACUCUUUCUCAUCAAACAACCGCCCUCUCAAGGCCAUUGUUCUCGGUUCGUGAAAGGGGGGUUACGUGGGACCCGGAUUUCGUGAAUAGCUGGAUGAGCCGGUGCGAACGAGAGCACACCGGAUGCCGAGUCGAGUGGUCGGAUGAACUGUUUGUGUGCAAGGCGAUCGAUGUGUCAUCUCGUCAGAUAGUUAUCUCCUCCUCACAAUGCCGUUACGUCACGUUGAGCUAUGUUUGGGGCGGCGUGAGUCCGAAACCUGGGGCUCCAGAGAGCGACGAGCUCCCCCAAAUCAUUGUAGACGCUAUUACGGUCACUCAAGCUUUCGAAAUAAAGGUUUACCACUUCAGAAUUUCUCUUCAUCUUUGCGGUGGUAUCAUCCUGGAAACGACAAACCCCGCCGUCGCCCAGAUUUUCCAUCUUGGUCGUACGGUGGGUGGGAGGGCACCGUUACACUAUACCGAUAGAUCGGAUUUCGCAAAAGCGCACAGCGACGGACUGUUCGAUGAGACUGCUGAUCUCAUCGUACGUCACAUUGGAUUCGAAGAUACGAUUUUAUCUGUCGAUGGCGUGCUUGUAAGACUAGAAGUGCGGACCGAGCCGUUCAACGUCUACAUUCCCGGGACCGACUUCUAUCUUGGUAUGUUGCAGGAAGGCAAUACCCUCCACAAAAAUACCUUGCCUCAAGGUAUUUUAAACUUUCUGGUGGCGGAAAGAUUAUCCUUCCGAUUCGUGCCCGACGGUAACGCUCGUCAUGUAUUAUACGUGAUCAUGCUUGAAGGAGAAGAGGGGCCUUGA